AUGGUCCGUACCAUCACAUUGCCUCGCUUUAAUGUUUACUCUUCUUUGCUUUACAGUGCCAGAGGGGGGAAUCUAAACCCACCUGUUAGAGAGGCAACAGGACACAUUAUCUUCUAUUGUGAGUGCGCCAAUCAGAUGAAUUCUGUCUCAAAUGACGCAGUCAACCUACGAACGAGGACACGUUGUCAAUCAGCAUGCAACAUUGCACAAGUGAACGGAAAAUUCUUGUGUCCGCAUUGGUCGAUUUAA